AGGAAUUUCGAAUUAGCCAUAGUUAUGUUAUUUUGUCAUUCAUUAAAAGCUUCUCACUGUGUGUGUGUGUGUGUAUUUCCCAAAAUAUAAAAUGAUUGCCAUGAAUUUUCAUGUCCAACAACGAUGAACGGAGACGAUGUCUCACAAUAUAAGUAUAAAUGGAUUUAUUCUAUUGUUACAUGGUCAAAAUAACAAAUUACUGCUUGUUUUGAUCACAUAGGUAAGUACUUUAAUUACACACUUUUACAGCAAUUCAAUUUUCCACCGACCAAUGGCACCAACUUUUUUCGUUGGCUAUAAGUAUACGGUUGGCCAGAGUGCUUAUUUACGCUCAACUUUCUAACCUCAAAAUAAUCACGUGAAAAUUUGUAAACAACCUCGUACAGUGAAGUUGGAACACCGGUUUUCCAGCCUUAUUAGAAUGAUUUGGCGAGACGAUAUAUCUCAACAAAUCAGGCAAAAGUUUAAACUGAAAUCCCGAGUGUCAGCUCGUUCGAGCCAAUGUAGCUGACGAGGUUCGACAAGGCAGAAUCGAUGUAAAAAAAUUUAGGCCUAUGUAGAUAGUUUAGUUAGUUUAGUUUUUCUUAUAAAUCUUUGGCGACAAUUGGAAUUGGUGAAAAAUGGAGUCCUCGGAUCUCAUAGAAGUGGAUGACUCAAGUGAGCCACCUGGGACUUCAAUGCCCUGCUUGCCAUUAGAAAUAUUCUCCACCUACAAUCAUGCUGCUGCUUCAACAACUUGUCACCAAGAGGAAGUAGUUGCGACUAAUGGUAUAAAAGAGGAAGAAGAUGCCUAUGCAGAGGUUGCUGCACCAGAGGCAAAAAACGAAACACUGGCUGAUAUACUAUCUGAUCUUCCUUCUGAAGUAUUGACCAGCUGUGGCCCUGAAGAAGCCUUUGCAUCCAACUAUAGAGAAAAGAUAUUUCCACGUAGUAGGCCACCCGGUGCUCCAGUCACUGAGCCUACAACUUCAGUAUUUCAUGAGGAAGAAGUUAUGGAUCCUGAUGACAACUUUUACUUUGAGUCUGAUCAUUUAGCCCUAAAAGGAAACAAGGAUUAUAGAAACCUUUUGAAAGUUGUUGUCACUCUUCAAGCACAGCGUACUCAAGCAAUAAAGGAUUUGGACGUGCUUCUAAUGGAGAAGAAGAAGGCAUUGGAGGAUCCCAUAGCUUACGUAGCAAAAUUGCAAAGUGGAGAUCUGCCCGAGUAUCCUGGUCCACAAAAAAUAGCAGAACUGCCAGAGAUCGACUGGACUAAGUACAAUGUAGCCCAGCCAGAUGGUAAUAUGAGGCCCCAAACUCGGCAUGCUAAAACUGCACCUCAGCCCAGAGAUAAUGCUGCUCAAGAGGAGGAAGGUGAAAAACUGCUAAUUCGAGGUAGAGCCUUUGAUGAAAGUAAACCCGAGACUUUUAAUAAAUUGUGGACAACGGAUGAACAGAGGCGAUUAGAGGAAUUACUCAUAGAGUAUCCUCCUGAAGAAGUUGAAAUGCGACGUUGGACUAAAAUUGCUAAUGCUUUAGGAAAUCGUACACCUAAACAAGUAUCUAGUAGGGUUCAAAAAUAUUUUUUAAAACUCACAAAAGCUGGACUACCAAUUCCAGGCAGAGGGCCAAAGGUCAAAAGUGAACUGAGAAAAAGUACUAGUCGUUACAGAAAUCAAUCUUUGCUUAAAAAGUCAACAUUUUUUCCUCAUGAACAACUUCUUGAUGAAAUCAAAAAGGAACCUAUUACAGAAGAGUUGAUGAUUUCUGAUGAUUCAACGCCUGCUACAAGUGUUCCAGAGGAAAAUCCUGAACAAAGGCAAAUCGAAUUAUUGCGGCAAGUUAAAGUCGAAAAGGAUACAGAUAAUGAAGAUUCAAAUUAUCAUAAUCUUGGAUACAAGUGUUAUAUUUGCUGCGAAGAUCCUUUGAAGGGCAUAAGAUGGCAUUGUGAAGUAUGUCCAGACGAGGUUGAUUUGUGUUCGGACUGUGCCAUUGCUCAACUCGAGGCUGAAGACCCAAUUCAUCCGUCGACUCACACGCUCACGGCAGUUCGACCACCCAAGUACUCGCAAUGCUAUGACGCGGACUACCUGCCGCAAAACUUCAGUACUACCUCGUACAACUACUUAGAUCCUAACUUUUUACCUGAGUAGUAGCUUAGGAUAAUAACAUAAACACGUUUUUUGAAAUUAUUUUGGACAAAUACAAACAUCUUGAAUUAUGAUAAUUUAGACUUUUUGUAUUUGCUAUUAAUCUCUAUAUAUUUGUAAUCAUGCUAUUGUCCACAAAAGAGUGAAAAGGUCUAAAUCAAUAAUAUGAAGUUUCUAUAAAGAAGGAUAAAAUGGGGACAGGGAGUAGAAUUGUAGUCUUUUAUAAACUUCAGAUUAAAAGAAGGUUUAGUUUGUACAAAAUAAUUUUGCUAAACUGAAAAAAUUGUAAAUAAUGAUAGAGAUAUAUUAUUUUUUAUAUUAAAAAUACCUUUAUUUGAAAAAUCAUGAUUGUUCAAUCAUCUGCGAAAAUUUCACGUAAAUUUUAUUUCGAAAUUCGUGAAAAGUUCCAUUUUUUAUAUGCUGCCGGAUAGCUUUGAAGAACUCCAUGUAAUGAUGAGUAUUGUGUCUAGAAGAAUAGAUGUUGGUAUAUUACAAAUCAAGAUCUAGAAACGUUAUAUUUUAUAAUUUUUUAAUAAAGUUGAUACAUACAUCAUCAGGAGUACCUCUGCUAGUAA